GUGUAACAAAAGAGCACUAAAGAAUCCAUCAGGCAACCCCAAUUGCCACACACGACCCGACGACCGUAAGGAAAUUGGUUAGGUAAUGCAUUUGAUUGUAACUUCGUAUAUGGUAAGCUUUCGUUUGUGAUAUGAUGCCACUAGAACUCGGGGUCAGCAAAAACAGGACAUACCCUUCGGUUAUGUUUGUUGCCUUGUUGGUUUAUCUACGCUGGGUUUCAUUGCUCUUCGCCGGAGUAAUGUCCGGGUUAACGUUGGGACUCAUGUCCCUCGGCCUCGUCGACCUCGAGACUCUUCAAAAAACAAGCAGUUAUUUCUGUUGCAGCGGUUAUACUUCCUGCUGCUUGUCACUUUGCUUCUGGAGCUAUGUGGAAGCUCUUCCUAUACAUUUGGACAAGCUUUUCAGUUAGUAUGUUGCUACAAUUCUGUCUGUGACGAUUGUGCUGUUUUUUGGAGAGACUGCUGAGGAGGCUUUGACGGCCAUUAAAUCAACCUUUUCCUUAGAUGUCAAUGUAAAGUUGGACUGGUAAGUUCGCCUUCUCAAUCAACUAUCAUACUGACUGUGAUAAGAAUCACAUCAUCAUUGUCUAAAACAAAGGAAGUCUAAUCAGUAGGUCAACCUUCAACAUUUGGUAGAAGGGUUAAUGAUGCUGUAAAAUCAUUCAGAAACAUAACCAUGUCAGUUAGUUGGCAUUAUUCACCUGCAUACUACAUUCAAUCUUUCAGUUUCUACUAACAAAAUUGAACCAAGAAGUUUCUUUUCAUAUACAACAUUCAAGACAUUUGGUCUUUCUUUUAGUUUUUGUAAAAUUGGUUUUAGCAUAAGCUGAACAAAUUGUGUGUUAUCUGAUUACAUUUAUAUUCUUGGCUAAUUAAUUACUCCUCCCCCC